UCGGGGAAUCGAACCCCGGUCUCCCGCGUGACAGGCGGGGAUACUGACCACUAUACUAACGAGGAGAACGGAUAUAGGUGCUUUAUAUUCUCAUUAUAUUCCAAUUAUGCAGUAAGCUUCGUAAAACGUCAUUUCUGAAUUGUCGGGUUUUUCAGGAAUGUUCGGAAAACUGCCUCAUGGAACACUGGCUGCAAAAUUGCCGUUGCAGCUCGAAGCUGUACGGCCUGCGACACGAAAGGCACAGGGACCUGUGCGACAUCUUUGAUCACGUGCAAUGCACCCACCUGAUGAAGGUAGGCCAGUGGAGACCAAAGUGCCUCGCGAGCUGUACCCAGCCUUGCCAGGAAAUAAGGUACAAGACCUACUCUAAUGUGGUAGGCAAGAUAAAGAAGAAUGCUAGCAGACUGAACGCUGUUGAAUUAGUCAUCCAGAUGGGCUCAGACAGACGAAAAACAGUCCGUGGCUAUCCGAGAAUGGAGAUACCAGGCCUCAUCACCUACGUUGAAGGCCACAUUGGCAUGUGGCUCGGGCUUUCCAUACUGGCCAUCUCGUCAGGCCGUCGUCAAGUUUCACCAAAGAGUUGUGCAGCACUUGUUCUCAACCAAGUGAAUGAAAGUUGA